UGUUGAUUGAGUGUCCUCACUAAACUUAAUUUAAUAUAAGGGGUGUUUUUUCGAGGUUCGCAACUUUCAGCUGGCAACUCUGAUUUAUUUGUCAACCCAUUUACCAGCUGAUGGGUGCUUUUUCUUGAGUUUGGUUUGACAUUUCGCUAUGGAUAGACUUACACCGGAGCAGCGCUUGCAAAUUGUUGAAAUUUUUUAUCAAAACAAUGGCUCUAUUCGCCAAACUUUUCGCGCACUUCGUCCAAUUUAUGGCGUACAUAAUCGUCCUUCAGAACGGCUAAUUCGAAUAACAAUGGACCGAUUUCGGAGCACGUUUACACUUAAUGAUAACGUGCAUCCCAUGAGACGCCGCACAGUGCGCACUGCAGAAGCUGUUGCCGCUGUACAGAAAAGCAUUGAACAAGAUCCAAAUCAAUCACUUCGUCGCCGUUCCCAGCAACUGGGGCUGUGUCCUUCCACUUUGUGGAAGAUUCUACGAAACGAUAUUAAAAUCUCCAAAUCUGUCAAGAUCCAACUUGUGCAGGAAUUGAAGCCAAACGACCAUCGAAUGCGUCGCCAAUUCGCCGAAUGGGCCAAAGCCCAAAUCGAUGUUGAUAUUGAAUUCCCAUUCAAAAUUCUGUUCUCCGAUGAGGCCAACUUUUGGUUGAACGGAAAAUUACUGUUUGGUGCGCUUUAUCAGCUGGCGGAGUCAUUGGUCCAUAUGUCUUCAAGGACGAUGAUGGCCAGAAUGUUGCUGCCAGUGGCGAACGGUAUAGGGACAUGAUUAGAACUUUUUUCGUACCUCAAUUAGCUGGCACUGACUUGACUGACAUGUGGUUCCAACAGGACGGAACCAGCUGCCACACAGCGCGCGCGACAAUUGAUUUACUCAAAGAGACUUUUGACGAAAGAAUCAUUUCACACAAUGGUCCAAUUAAUUGGCCGCCUAGAUCGUGUGAUAUAACCCCAUUGGAUUAUUUUCUUUGGGGCCAUGUAAAGUCACUGGUGUACGUCGAUAAACCAGAGACAAUUGAACACCUGGAAGCGAAUAUUCGAAGAGUUAUUGGCGAAAUACGGCCGGAACUGCUGCGCAAAGUUUGUGAAGAUUGGAGCUCCAGAUUGCGCCAUGUACGCGCCAGCCGUGGCGGCCACAUGAACGAAAUCAUAUUUAAGCAUUAAUGUCAUUAAAUAUUCU